CUCUGAGAGAGAGAGAGAGAGAGAGAGAGAGAGAGAGAGAGAGAGAGAGAGAGAGAGAGAGAGAGAGAGAUGGCGUAUAAUGUGUUCGGCAACCCCAUCCAAAACUCAACGUUGAAGGGGAUGCCGGAGUACAAGUUAAAGGCAAUAGAAAGAAAUGACAGGGCAAAAGUGGCUCUGCAAAUGAAAAACGUCGGGGACAAGGACCUCAAGGCCCUUACGUUUGUGGAGAAUUUGAAGAAGCAGCAUGGUGAUGGAAUUUCUACACUUUGCCUUAUUUACAAUGCGACUGGGGACACCUUAACCUAUUCUAUAAGUAAGGACUGGUGUGGGCACAUUGGACACUUCCCCUACCCUACACUCAUUGCAAAUGGGCAGUGGGGUGCCUUUCUACAUGUCCAAAAACUUGGAACGCCUGAAGGAUCUGUCGCCACUGUUGUGUACAACGGCAAGAACAAGGACGGAGAAGACCGCGGCCGGCUGCUGGCAUGGAGCAACAAUAGGGUUGCCUACAAAAACAAGGUGUUUACUGAGAGCCGAACUGCUGAACACUAUUUGGAUAAUGUGGGUUGGAUCCCCCUAAUCUAUGAUUAUGUGGAUAAAUCUGGCACCUACAAAAGUGAGAAAUGGGGUGGAUGCUUCUCAACUAUCUCAACUGGCUAUGGCACUUCCCCAAUAGUUGAAGCAAUAUUCAUGUUGGACGAUGCUUGAGUUGGUCCUUUAAUUUCUCAUGUGAAAUGGAAGGCCCUUAUUAAUUUCAAGUCUUAGUAAAUUUGCGAUGCAUAAUAAAUAAAUCAUGUAAUUUGUUCCUAUACUUGAAGUGUUUGUAAUUGGCAGCUUCACCUUCUUGUGAAGCAUGCAUUUGUGUUUCCUAAUGUUUCUGUUUGGAUUGAAGAUGGCCCUUCAUGGCUGCAGUUAGAUGCAUUGCUACCAUGAGGCUUGCCCUAAUUAAAUAAAAGUCUAUUUCUAUAAGAAAAAAUAAUGAUGAUUUAUGUGA